AGUACUCAGAGCAGCCUGAGCGGGGAGUUAAAGUACAAUCCUUAAUAAACACAGCAGUUUACGCAGUCCAGUCAACUCUCCCUCACACACACUCUCUCACACACACACUCACCGCAGGCGUGAACAGGUGGGCUCUCACAGCACAGUGUUACCUAUGGACGUGUUAUGAGGAUCAGCGCGCGCUGGAGGAGUCUCUGUGGAUAUGUGUUUUUCAUGGCUGAGGCUUUGUGAGCUCCAGGAGCCGGCUACACUGUAACUCCGCGCGUUUGUUCCCCCUCUCCUGUUGUUCUGCCUGUGAAUAUGAAAGUGACGGUGUGUUUCGGUAGGACCCGGGUGGUCGUGCCGUGCGGAGACGGCAACAUUAAAGUCCGGAGCCUUAUCCAGCAGGCCAUCAUGAGAUACAGGAAAGCCAUAGCUAAGGACCCAGCCUAUUGGAUCCAGGUUCACCGGUUGGAGCACGGCGAUGGAGGCAUCCUGGAUUUAGAUGAUGUGUUAUGUGACGUUGCUGAUGACAAAGACAGGCUGGUGGCGGUGUAUGAUGAGCAGGACCCUCAUCACGGAGGAGACGGCACGAGCGCCAGCUCUACGGGCAGCCAGAGUCCGGACGUGUUCAUCAGGGGAGAGCUCAGCUCCGGCACACCAUCUGCCUUCCAGCCGUACCAGAACAGCAGCGAGAUCGAGGUCACGCCAUUGGCCCUGCGCACCAACAUGCAUCUGCAAGUGAGGCGCAGUAGUGAUCCGGCUCUUGUGGGUCUGCCGGAGACUCCGCUCCAACCAGAAGAGCCGUCCAGGAAGAACCCGACACGCUGGUCCACCACGGCUGGGUUCCUCAAACCCAACGUCACCAGUGGAACCAACAGCUUGGAGCGCAAGGUUAAGGGACCGGCUGGGUACCGCAGUCUUCCUCGUGACACGGCAGCAUGGGCCAACCAGUUCCACAGAGAGGGUGCACGCUCAUCACUCAGUGCCAACCAUCCCAUGGUGGACCGCUGGCUUGAGCGGCAGGAACAGGAUGAAGAGGAAGAAGAGAGGAGGAGAGACGAAGGCAAGAAUGGACGGAUAGAACCGGUGGGCCGAGCGGACUCGAUCUCUCUAGAUGACCUGCUCAAACCGGUGGAAGUGUCGAAUGGCGGCGGGCCGCUGGGAAUCCACGUAGUGCCGUUCAGCUCCAGAGACAGAAGGACUCUGGGGCUGCUGGUGAAGAGGCUGGAGAGAGGAGGAAAGGCCGAGCGUGAGGCCCUCUUUCAGGAAAACGACUGCAUCGUGCGCAUCAAUAACGACGACCUGCGCAACAUCCGAUUUGAACAAGCACAGGACUUAUUCAGGCAGGCCAUGCGUACCCCGUUCAUCCUGUUCCAUGUGGUUCCAGCAGUGAGGAAAGUACAGUAUGAACAGUUCUCCCAGAGUGAGCUCGGUGUCCAGCCGGGCCCUGGAGUUCCUGGCCCUGGAGUUCCUUGUCCUGUUCCCAAACAGCUGCCCGCUGACCCCAAAGCUGGUCCCGGUCGUAGCCAACUAACUCUUGAAUCCAAACCUGGGGAAAGGGGUAGUGUGGUGAUCGGAGGCAUCGAUUACAGUCCUAAAAGAAUGUCCAAGACCCGACCUCUUCCUAACUUUAAUCACCAGACCCCGUCUUCCCAAAUGGAGCAAAACCAGCCUUAUCCUGGAUCAGCACCCAUCAUCAGUCCAUCCAGCAAGAGCACGACCUCCACAGGCUUCACCAAAAAGAUCGGCCGCAAGUUCAACGUACAGCUCAGAAAAGGUCCUGAGGGACUUGGCUUCAGUAUCACAUCACGCGACGUCCCCAUAGGAGGCUCCGCCCCAAUCUACGUGAAGAACAUCCUUCCUCGUGGAGCAGCCAUCCAAGACGGCCACCUGAAAGCCGGUGACCGGCUGCUGGAGGUGAACGGGGUGGAUCUGAACGGGAAGACUCAGGAGGAGGUGGUGUCUCUUCUCCGCUCCACUCCAAUGGAAGGCACCGUUAGUCUGCUGGUUGUCCGCCAGGAGGACGCCUUCCUGCCUCAUGAAGUGAAAGCGGAGGAUGAUGACUUGGUGCUUACUCCCGAUGGAACGCGGGAGUUCUUGACCUUUGAGAUUCCUCUAAAUGAUUCGGGUUCAGCUGGGUUAGGCGUCAGCGUAAAGGGCAACCGCUCCAAAGAGAACCAUGCCGACCUGGGCAUCUUCGUUAAGUCCAUCAUCAACGGAGGAGCUGCCUGCAAGGAUGGCCGCUUGAGGGUGAACGACCAGUUGGUAGCCGUGAAUGGAGAAUCGCUGCUGGGAAAGACCAACCAGGAAGCAAUGGAGACUCUACGCAAGUCCAUGUCUAUUGAGAGCAAUAAAAGAGGCUUGAUCCAACUCAUCGUGGCCAGGAUGGUGAAUGGGAGGAAUGAGCAGGACGGUGCAAGAAGUCCAUCCGUGUCCGAGGUGUCACUGAACCAAUCUCAUGAUGAUCACGAGCGACGCAUCUCUCACUCUCUCUACCCCGGAGCUGUCGAGGGCUUGGACGACUCGGUCAACACUCGCUCCAUCAUGGGCAGAAUGAUCGGUAACUACCAGCUGUCCCCCACUGUGAACAUGCCUCAGGAUGACACAGUCAUCAUUGAAGAUGAUAGGCCGCCUGUACUUCCUCCUCUACUGUCUGACCAAUCGUCUUCCAGCUCCCAUGAUGACAUGGGCUUUGUGAUAGAGCCGCCUGCCUCCUGGGCCAUAGAUGUUCAGAAUCAAGAUGAAAGCGUGCUGAGUCCCGACACGGAUUCCGAUGGUGCGUUUCAGAGGGAGGGCUUUGGCAGGCAGAGCAUGUCGGAGAAAAGGACCAAACAGUACGCAGACGCUGCUCAACUCGAAAUCAUCAAGACGCGCAAAUCCAAGAGCAUGGAUUUAGUAGCUGACGAGAUUAACCUCACACCCCACCCAAACAGGACAGAAGGUAACUCCACAAGAGAUGUAGGGCCCAAUCUGGGUCUGAAGAAGUCCAGCUCUCUGGAGAGUCUCCAGACGGCCGUGGCAGAGGUGACGCUCAACGGGGACGUCCCCUUCCACAGGCCUCGUCCCAGAAUCAUCCGUGGACGUGGUUGCAACGAGAGCUUCCGUGCGGCUAUCGACAAAUCCUACGACAGACCCGGUAUGAACGUGGUAUGUGAUGAAGAGGACGACGAAGGCAUGGAGACGUUGGAGGAGGACACGGAGGAAAGCUCACGCUCCGGCCGUGACUCGGUCUCCACGGCAAAUGACGUGGCCUUACCUGCAGGAGCGGCUUUCCAGGACGGCCAGAUGAACGGCGGACGGCCCAAAGACGAGCGGAAGAAAGAGAAAGGAGGGAAGGAAAAGAAGGAAAAGAGCAAAGCCAAGAAAAGCGUGCUGAAGGGCCUGGGCGACAUGUUCAGGUUUGGCAAACACCGCAAAGACGAGAGAACAGGGGACAAGAUGGAGCGCAAAGGCUCGAGCAAGAACAAAAUGGAUGACAUGCAGGCCACAGAGGAGGAGAUGCAGAGGAUGCGUUUGGAGAGAGAGAGGAUCCAGGCCAAGAAAAGGGAGCUGCGGGAGCGACAGGCCAGGGAGAGAGACUAUGCCGAGAUUCAAGACGUGACCCGAGCUUUCAGCUCUGAUGAGGAACACACCUACGCAGGCAUCGGCUCACUCGACUCGUCCAUGGACAGCAGCCAGAGCCUGAACCAGGACCAGAGGCCACACAGUCCCAGAGAUCAGGGCCUAGAGAGUCUCUACGCCCAAGUCAACAAGCCACGCAACGGAGGACCACUAUCUUCGGACAGCAACAGACUGGCACCUAGCAACCAUGACCGGAUACAGCGGCUGAGGCAGGAGUUCCAGCAGGCCAAGCAGGAGGAGGAGCCUGACGACCGGCGCCGUACUUACAGCCUCCAGCAGCAGCCGUGGGCGAAUGCUGGGGGUUACAGUCAGACAGGACGGCAUUCGGUUUCUGUAGAUGUUCAGAUGCAGAAACAGAAAAAAGAUGACCGAGAUGCCUUUACACAAUCACAGAGACAGUACAACUCCUUACCACGGCAACCACGUAAGAACCCCAGCACCGUGUCUCAGGACUCAUGGGAUAAGGUCUACCCCCCUGGCGAGGUGUUCCAAUUAGCUAAAGAGAACCCACGCUACUCAAGCUACCAGGGCAGCCGUGGUGCUAAUGGUUACCUGAGUGGUCCAGCGUUGGGCCUGAACGCGCGUGUGCUGCUGGAGACACAGGAGCUGCUCAGGCAGGAACAGAGGCGCAAAGAGCAGGAGGCACAGGCGAAGCUCAGUCCACAAAACGACUCACUGGCCCUGUCCUCAACCUCCAAAGGGCCCUACCGGCAGGACGUGCCACCCUCGCCCUCCCAGCUCGCUCGCCUUAACCGACUUCAAAGCCCUGAAAAGGGCCGUCCGUUCUACUCCUGAAGGGAAGAGUGGGAUUGGAGCAGAGGAGUGGGACACACAUGAACUUUUCAGAAAACAUAGGGAUUUUGGUUGUUGACUUUUUUUUUUUUUUUUUAACAUCAUGCACAUUUUUUAAUACACAAUUAUGGUCCAGCCAUCCAACAUAUCCACAUGGUAUGUGUGUGAAUGUAUUUGAACGCGUGUCCUAACAUUGAUUAGCAUCCUUGCCAGUCCUGACAAUCAGAAAACAGCUACCAGGUUUGUAUUCCUAUAGCGUUGUGACCUACAUAACUCAUUUCACCUGCCACCAAUUGGUCACCGAGUGUUGAGGAAAGCAGCGAGUAUGCAUGAGCUCUGAAUAGGCAGAAAUAUUUGAAUAUAUAUUUUUUAUCUGAAUACAUAUACAUACAGGGGUGACAUUCAAUUAAAACCCAACAUACUGUGUGUUAAGUAAGGUGUUGGGCCACCAAGAGCCACUGGAACAACCUCAACACUCCUCAACCUUGGCAUCAGUUCUACAUGUCUCUGGAGCUCUACUGGACCGAUGAACACUGUUCUUCCAAAAGAUAUUUCCACACUGUCUAGCGUCACUUCAGAAAUCUCCCAUAGGUGUUCAGGUGGGUUGAGAUCUAGUGACCGACAACUUCUGCCUCAAACAAUUCAAGUGGGCCCUCGUGCCCUGUAGAAGAUGUCAAGGUCACCCUGGAAGAGACCACUCAAAAUGUCCCCACAACACAACAGAUGUAUCAGAUUUUCAUUCAUCGCCCAUCUGUAUGUUUCCGAGAGGAAAAGAGAUUGAGAGAAAGAGAGAGACAGUGAGAGAUUGAGACCAAGCCUAGACGGUUUGUAAAACCGCAGUAAUUUCACUCAUCCUGUGACUCCUUCAUCUUAUUUCUCUGUCCAUCCUUCACACUUCCUGUCCACCAGUCUGUACCUGCUCGUAAAGCUUGAGAUUCUCUAAUACCAUGCAUACUGGUUUCUUGGGAAACCAGUCUAUUCUAUUGUGUGGUUGGUGCUUCGUGUCUCUUGGCCAGUCAGUGGUCACACAGGUAGUCUGAGGUGUCUGUUGAACGUGUCAUCACAUACACACUCCCUGUACCAUGCUCAGGCCAGUACGCUGAUCUUUACAGCCGGAUUUCCGCGUAUCGUUUCCUCCACCAGCCAUCUCUUAAUCACUGUAAUCCACGAUGUGAUUUAUUUUAUAAAAAAUUCCUGAAGCCGUCUGUGCGCAUUAUGCUGGGUGAUAUGACCAUACGCUGUAUGAAAAUAGUGGGCAUGGUCAGUAGUUAAUAACGGCCUGAAGUACCAGAUUGAUGGUUGCUUUAUUUAAAAUAAAUAAACGGAUUAUUUUUGGAAAACUUCUUAUAAAAGUAAUAAUGAACUUAUAGACCCCGCUGAUACCGGAUAUAUAAUGACUAAUGUUGCAUUCGACUUACCUCGGAGGUGGGAAGUAAUAAUAGCAAUAAAUAAUAUCUGGAUAGGUAUGCGUGUGUAAAUACAUCCAAGAUACUAUUAAGCGAUUUAAAUAAAAUCUAAUCAUUUUAAGCUACAUUUGACAACCAACCCCUCCUAAUUACAUGACGUCAGCACUCCCGUGACUGCUGACGGUGAUUAAAAUGUUAGAUUUGAUAUCUUUUGCAUUAAAUUACUGAAAACAAAUCGGGGAAGUUGGAGAAGCACAGGGGUUUAUUUGAAUAUUAUAUCUGAUACAGAUACUGGCGAAUCAUGGACACUUUUGACUGCGUGAGGUUCAAAUCUUAUCCGAUUCAGAUACACGUAUUGUUGUAAUGCGUACCGUGGCUCGUAAAAACAUCAUGUAUUGUGGCUGUGAUAUUUUUUGCCAUUUCAUCCACACCUAUUGAACUGAACACCAGCAGCUUGAAGGCUUUCUCUCCUCCUCUCUCAAUUUCUCUCUGUCCCUCAAGAGCAAAACUAAAAUGUACGAAACAACGAUGCACAUCUUCCCGUUGUUGACUAACUGGUACGUUGCAGUGCGUGUUUGGUCCUGUGAGCUCGAAUGGGUGGGAAAUGAACUUUUCAGAGCAGCAGCAGGGGUAUUUUUGGCUGCUUUAUUUCACGUUUUGUAUUGUAUGCAUUGAAUUAAAGGAGAAUUUGUUGGCGAUGGUAAUGUUUAAGUGCCUGUUAUAGGAGGGAUAUUUUGUACUACAAAAGAUGUCAUGGAAAGCACAUAUUUUAGCAACUAUUCUACUAUUUUUGUGUGUAAUAUCUUUCCACCACAAAACAUUUUUAGAUCGUCAAAAGAAAAGAAAAAAAAACAGUAACUGUAUUUUUUUUUUUUUUUUUUUUGCAUUGUCUAUAUUCUCCCGAGGUAACAUGGUGUCCAUGGUGUAACAUGUAAGCACAGUGCAAUUCCAUUUUUUGACUAGUCUUUAUACAUAAUGUAUGAAAUUGUACACAGCUUUCUCUGUACAUAUCAAAUUUAGACAAAAUAAACCAGAAGGCUGUUUUUUUUCCCUCUUGUUUACAUUACACAAGUGUGCAUUUUUAUUGAUCUAUUCAUUUCAUCCCAUGAAAACGCAGUGACGGAAUGACCAGUAAGAACGCUGACCGUUCAACACAACGCUGUUGAAUUCUCAAUUCUGAUUGGCCAGAUGAUGUUGAUUAAUUUUCUCUGACAGUAGUUCUGGCUGUAGUUCAAAUCCCAGGUACUGAUGCACUCAUUCUCAUUUCUAUAGUAAGAACUUACACAGGGAUCUUGUUUGGCAGACACUUUGCGUAGUCUAAUACUAACAUUAAAUGGAUGUGGUGACGUUUUCUGUAAGGAGAUGUUAAUUUAACAUUCAUGGAAUGAGUCUCUGAUGUCAGUGGCAUAGGAGAAUCUUCAUUACAGUGAAGUUUGCAAUUUCUUUGCACUUUUCUCUCUAAAAUAACAAGGUUGUGUGUAUAGAUCGUAUACGUACGUAUGCAUAACGGACAGUUCUCAAAGUUGAUGUGUUCUAUGGGUAAGUGUAACAAUCUGAGCGACUUUGACAAAAAUUUCUGAUGGCUAGAUGACGGGGUCAGAGCACCUCCUACAUGGCAGGUCUUAUGAGAAAAGAAGCUGGAGAGAGACUGACUGUUCAGAGCCGCGAUAACGUAAAUGCUAUAGCGCCGUGGUUUUCGAUCGCGGGGACCCACAGCCCUGCACAUUUUGUAUGAAUCUCAUAUCUGACACAUACAGCUCAGUUCAUGAAUCUCUCUCCUGAUGAGCUGAUGGACUGAAUCAGGUGUGUUAAAUAAAAGGAGACAUACAAAAUAGGCAGAGUGGUGGGUCCCCAGGAUUGAAAACCCCUGCUAUAAUGAUAAUGAUUCUUGGUUGGCCACGUAUACAUUACAGCACAGUGAAAUUCUUUUCUUCGCAUACCUCAGCAUGUUGGGGUCAGAGCGCAGGGUCAGCCAUGAUACAGUGCCCCUGGAGCAGAGAGGGUUAAGGGCCUUGCUCAAGGGCCCAACAGUGGCAGCUUAGCAAUGCUGGGGCUUGAACCCCCAACUUUCCGAUCAGUAACCCAGAGCCUUAACCGCCAAGCAACCACUGCCUCUGCCACUGCCACUGCACUGCUAUAGCAGAUGUUCCACAAAAUUAAAUGUAACUAAAAGGGAUAAAAAGCAUGACACGUCCUUCAUUAGUAAAUUGAAAUGUAAGGAAUUCCAUUUUAAAACAUUGGCCAGUUUGUUGUGGUAACAGUAACUCCGCUUCACAUCACGACACUCCGUUGUUGAUUAGUUCCUGUAACAGCACACUCUUCAUGUUGUAUUCCCUAAGUAUUGCUUUCUUUUAUUAUUUAUACAAAAUGACCUUUUCAACUUUAGUUUUCCGUUAUGUAAGGCAUCUUUGUUGCAGCAUGAAAAAUUGUAUGUAACGCCGUUCUUUGUUCUGUUGGUAUGGCUCGCACAUUUUGGAGAGGCUGAAAGCACGGAAAAAGGAAAUCUGAGAAAUAUCCUUCCUCCACUUCCCUCUCUUUAAUCUAUUUCUGAUCCCAUAGAUCACUUUAAUGUUGCCUAUGACAUGGCUGGCCAGCACUGUAAUGAGAAGUGUAAUGAGUUUGAUGGCAAUAAAGACAAUCGUGAAAUUUAUGAAGUUCAGGUCAGGGCAAGCGGAGAAUCUGUGACGUAGCCUCUUGGCUCUCUAUACAGAAAACCUGUCCAAAACUUCUCUGUGAGGAAGUGAACAUCUCCAUCUGUUUGACACCGCAGGAGUGUGUGAGAGUGAGAAAAUGAAGGGAAAUAGAAGUAGUUAAACAGAGGAAAAGAAAGCCCAGGGGAAGUUGAUAACAGGGCUCCUGUGCAGAUCAGAUGCAGUUAGGAACACUGGAAGGUCUGAACCUUGAGACUCAAAGCAGCAGCGUUCACAUUAUGUGUAAAGUAUGGGAGAAGAACAGGGGGGAAAUGAGCUCCAUUCCAUGAGGUGAACGUGGCCUUGAGGAUGAACCCUAGAGAGUUGACGAGAAACUCUGGGGAGAGUACAGUCCUGCAUUCAGCAAUUGAACUUUCUUCAGGUACGGGUUGAGUCAUGAAAUGAUUAUAGAGUGUGCUGAGUAUCUGUUUUUUUCUUCUUUCUGUUAUCUAUUAAAAACAAAUGCUUUGUU